AUGGCACCCGACGCCGAAUCUCGUAAAGCUGAUGAACAAACCAUAAAAGUUGCUUCAAAGAAGGAAACCAAGUCAGGCACCAUCAAGCUGAAAAAGCCUCCGCCAAAGCACAACAAACCAGGCAACUGGAGGGAUGGCAGCGUCGUUGAAGAUGAGAAAAAGAAGGCCGUGGGCUCGCCCUCGACCUCCGUGGCAUCCCCCGGACCAGUAGUAAACCAACUGGACGAUACCGCUCGAGAGACGUUUGCGACCGGCCGACCUCUAGAAGAUAGUCCCGAUCUGCAGCAAUGCAAACAUUGCAAGAAGAGUAUCCUUAAGACUGCCGCCAAGGCACAUAUUGCACAGUGUUUAAAGCUGAAGAAGGAAAAGGCCCAGAGGAAGAAGGAAGCGCGAGAAGCGCGAGAGAGGGCCAAGGAAGCCGCGAGAGAAGAGGAAGCUCGGAAAGCAGACGAAGAGAACGGCGACGAUGACAGCGACGAUGACGAUAAAAAGGGGAGUGUUGCUGGGAAGAAGGCAGGGAAAAAGCCUGAAGAUGAGAAAAAGGGAGGGAAAAAGCGAAAAGCAGAAGGCGAGCCAGACAAAGGCCCUAAAACGAAGAAGAAGAAGGAUGAGCCCAAGGCCAAGGUUCCAAAGCCCAAAGGACCGGUUGAUGUGGAAAGGCAAUGCGGUGUUAUUUUGCCCAAUGGCCAACCAUGCGCUCGUUCUCUUACGUGCAAGAGCCAUUCCAUGGGGGCUAAACGUGCUGUUGCUGGUCGAUCACUUCCGUACGAUAUGCUUUUAGCUGCAUACCAGAAAAAGAAUCAGGCAAAGCAGCAAAAGGCCGCUUUAGAUGCGAAUGCGCCUAUCGAGGACGAGGACGAUGCCAACAACGGGCCAGUUGACUCCGAUGAGGAAACUGCGGCCGUAAUGAGCGCCUUGUCUCACUGGCAUCCUCAACCACUCAUACCACAACCAGUUUUCGCUCCGAUCAAACGACAAUAUCAGUUAUCAAGGCUUCACGAACAAUUACAGCUAGCAACAAAUGGAGGUCGCACCAACAUCUUUCAAGUCACAGGGUACGGCGCUCAAAAACUCCCAGAGGGGCAUCCCGGGCUUCUUGAAGGCGAAGACGCUCCGGGUGAGAUAGACAUCGGAGCAUUGGGCUUUCCUGGAUCUGCGAGGUCAGCGACCUUUGGUGCUGCAACGGUGUCACAGAGGCGGUCCUCUGUGGCGAGCCGCGGCUGA